AAGGUGCUGCAGAACAUUUACCAGUAUUACAUGAAGGAGACGCCGCAGCGGACGAAGCUCAUUGACGUGUUCCUCGUCUUCAUUGCCGUGGUCGGCGCACUGCAAUUCCUCUACUGCAUCUUGGCGGGCAACUACCCGUUCAAUGCCUUUCUUUCAGGAUUCGGAGCAACUGUUGGCCAAUUUGUCUUGACGAUCUCACUGCGUAUACAAACGACGGCCGCGAACAAGAGCGAGUUCCCAGAGGUAUCGCCUGAACGACGCAUAUCAAUGCGCCUUGGUGUCUUCAGGGUUGUGCUAACUAGCCGUCGCAGAGCAUUUGCCGAUUACGUCGUCUGCAGUCUGAUUCUACAUUUCUUCUGUGUCAACUUCAUCAACUGA